UUCAGAAACAGCAAAGAGGCGGAGAGCCCGAAUUUUACACUCCUCCUUCUGCCCCGCACUCCUCCUCCCUCGCUUUCUUGAUUUACUUUCUUCCCCUUCGAUCCGCCUGAAGUCUGCAGCGGCAAGCGCAGGACCAACGGUAUGGCAGACAGCGGGUCUGUGCGAGAGGACUCAAGGAUCGUGAUUGAAGAUGAUUGGCCGGGAUACAGCUUAGACCUGUUUACUUACCCAGAACACUACUGUGGAGAUAUAGAAAGUGUCUAUAUCCCACACGGAAUCAUCAUGGACCGGACCGAACGGCUUGCCAGGAACAUCAUGGACGACCUGGGGGACCAUGACAUCGUGGUGCUGUGUGUGUUGAAAGGGGGUUACAAGUUCUGUGCCGACCUGGUAGAGUUCAUCAAGGGCCUGAGCCGCAAUUCCAGCAAAUCCCUCCUCAUGAGAGUGGACUUCAUCAGGCUAAAGAGCUACUUAAAUGACCAGUCCACAGAAGACCUCCAUAUCCUUGGAGGAGAGGACCUGUCUGUUCUCAGUGGGAAGAACGUCUUGAUUGUAGAGGCCAUAGUUGACACUGGAAAGACAAUGAAGGCUCUUCUGGAGCAUGUGGAGACCUUCAGGCCCAAGAUGGUGAAGGUCGCUGGUUUAUUGGUGAAGCGGGUGCCAAAUGGACUAGGGACCCCCCCAGACUAUGUUGGAUUUGAAAUCCCGAAUCGUUUUGUUGUUGGUUACGCUCUGGACUACAACGAGUACUUCCGAGACCUCAAUGUAAGACAUCACACGCCACAUGAUGUCAACGCCAGCCACUCCGUGUGGGAUUUAAGAGGAUGAUGGUGGUUUUGCAGACCAUAACUAAAAAGUGUAGUGCUUCAGUAUGAGAUCCACAGUUUAUUUAUUAGUUCAUUUCCUAUUUAUUUAAUAAAAGCCAUAUGCAGCCAUAUGUUUGUAAAUGUGAGAGUAUUUUAUCUAGAAUUCCACUGGUGUGAAUUUUGUUUCCCGUAGAUACAGGAUGUUUGGCUUUCUUUGUAAUUACAUAAUGGCCGGUUGAAGUUUGUUGCCCGGUUUUCCCAGACUUGCUGUUUAGUGUUGAUUUAGGAUAUUGGAAAGAUGACGACUCUGGGAUGUUACUGAUUUCAGUUGGACAUUUCUCUUCCUCGGCGGAAGGAUGACAAAAGCUAACGUUAAAUAUUGUUGGGAUCAUAUCAUUUAUACAAGAUGCUGUAUAGGGUAUAGCAGGCUGACUCGCGUGUUUGUACUUGCUGGUGAAGAUCUACCUCUAUGUCUUACAUGCAAAAAUCCUUUAACUGUUGAAGACAUUUCAUAGUACUGUCAUUCUUUUAACUCCCUUAGGCAAAUAUAUCAUUUUAUUGACUCUCUAAUAGAGGUUUUUAGUAAAGUCAAGCCAGAGGCUUUAUUUAGGCUUUUUAUCAAAAGCUAAUAUCAAGCAUCUUAUUUAGAUAAUUUAGAUCUGUUUUUACUGUUUUAGUGUUUUUGGAUUUUUUCAUCUGUUUUAAUAUUCCUAUACCUUUGCCAUAAAUGGUGUUAAGUCAACAUAACUAACAUAAUUAUCUCCUGGGCCUCGAUGUUGUGGGUCAUGUUUUUAUACAGUUGUCAUUGGUGCCAAAAUAAAGGUUUGAACCCUGACUCAUGCCAUUUUGGCAUCAGAUCAGUCUUUUCCUGGGCUCAUUUUUCAUCAGGGUACCCAGCAGAAAAAUGCCCGUGUAACGUUUUGAUGCUCGUGAACGUGGGUUCCAGGAGAAGAUGGAGGAAUCAAGUCAGGUUGAGAAAGCGAAUGAGAGGGGGAAUGUGAGUGAGAGACUGGGAACGAGCCAAGCUUCAAGAGUUGACCUUCCUGCCAAUAUCUCUUGUCAACGCUUCCCAGUAAUCAGGCAAAACCGCUUUGGUGCAAUGUUUCAGCGGCGCUGUAGAUGAUUACAGAGGAUCUGACCUUCUCAGAUGUUCGUCAGUCAAUACAGUGUUUCGGUCAGUCAGGAGAGCCGGGUUUGACAUGUUCCUGCUGCGCUCUGAUUCCCCAAUUUCCUUGCUCCUCUAGCACAUUUGUGUCAUCAGCGAGGCAGCAAAAAUAAAAUACAAAGUCUGAAGAGCAAAACCGAUGGCCUGCUGCACGUGGACAAGGGAGGGUCCCGUACCCCUCCAUCGAUACGGCGAGAACGUAAGGACUGGCCACCGCUGGGCCAGCUGAGCUGCUUUACACGUCGAGAUCCUCCCGGGACGUGGGCUGCUGCCUACCUGAGUCAAAGCGGGAAGCACUGCAUGUAAUCUGAGUCACGAUUGGUCAAUUAAUACCUGCCAGUAGGAAACUGCGCAUUAAUAAAUGCUCACUAACUUUGUGCCCUUCCCAGCUGUAUCGGAUUUUUAAUGUAAUAAACUGCUGUUCCUGCUUUCAUAUUA